GUUGUUAUAGUGAUAAACUGAGGCCUUGCCUCUUGGCUUCUCGGAGAAGGAAAGGGGCGGGGUGGGGGUUAACCUCUUUUACUUUCCCCAGGGAAGACAGAAAGAAGGGACGAAGAAGGGGGAUGGGUAAAGAAAAGAAAAAUACGUGACAAAGAAAACAUUCUCUGCCUGGGAGGAGACUGACAGAGGGUGUCUAGCUGGAGGGAGCAUUCGCUGGCCAUGCCAGUACUUACCACUGAUGCUGAGUCAGAAACAGGUAUCCCAAAAUCCCUUUCCAAUGAGCCUCCCUCAGAAACCAUGGAGGAAAUAGAGCACACAUGUCCACAGCCUCGACUGACCCUGAAUGCACCUGCCCCAUUUGCAGAUGAAACCAGCUGCCAGUGCCAAGCACCCCAUGAAAAACUGACCAUUGCUCAGGCCCGCUUAGGAACACCAGUUGACAGACCUGUCAGAGUAUAUGCAGAUGGAAUAUUUGACCUCUUCCACUCAGGCCACGCAAGGGCACUUAUGCAAGCAAAAACACUGUUUCCCAACAGCUACUUGUUGGUAGGAGUCUGCAGUGAUGACCUCACCCACAAAUUCAAAGGUUUCACCGUGAUGAAUGAAGCAGAGAGAUACGAAGCUCUCAGACACUGUCGCUAUGUAGACGAAGUCAUCAGAGAUGCUCCAUGGACACUCACACCAGAGUUUCUGGAAAAACACAAGAUUGAUUUUGUGGCCCAUGACGACAUUCCAUACUCUUCUGCUGGCUCUGAUGACGUAUAUAAACAUAUAAAGGAAGCAGGAAUGUUUGUUCCAACGCAGAGAACGGAAGGCAUCUCAACAUCAGACAUCAUCACCAGAAUUGUCCGAGACUAUGAUGUUUAUGCCCGACGCAACCUCCAGAGAGGGUACACAGCCAAGGAACUGAACGUCAGCUUUAUAAACGAGAAGAAGUACCGCUUCCAAAACCAGGUAGACAAGAUGAAGGAAAAGGUCAAGAAUGUAGAGGAAAGAUCAAAAGAAUUUGUUAACAGAGUGGAAGAAAAGAGUCAUGAUCUAAUUCAAAAGUGGGAAGAAAAGUCAAGAGAAUUCAUUGGCAACUUCCUAGAACUGUUUGGGCCUGAUGGAGCAUGGAAGCAGAUGUUCCAGGAGAGGAGUAGCCGGAUGCUGCAGGCCUUGUCCCCGAAGCAGAGCCCUGUGAGCAGCCCCACCAGGAGCCGGUCCCCUUCCCGCUCCCCGUCGCCCACCUUUGCAUGGCUCCCAAUCAAAACCUCACCCCCCUCCUCGCCCAAAGCAGCCUCAGCCUCCAUCAGCAGCCUGAGUGAGGGGGAUGAGGAUGAGAAGUAAAGGCAGCUGGCAGACAACAAGGGCCGCACCACACAGGCUGGGGAGGAAGGUGGGAUCACUGGGGAUGCCUGGGUGGUGGCUGAAGGGUGACAGUCGCAGGAGCUGCAGCUCAGCAGGGAGACCCUGAGCUCUGCGAAGGGGAGGCCUUGGGACCAGCUCUCCCUCCAUCUCCACUCAGCCCAAGACUUGGGCUCUGCAUGGAGGUUUCUAGCCAGACAACCUAUACAAACCUUCUUAGCAUCUUCUAGAAGCACUCUACUUUAACCUUGCUAAGGAAAGACACAGAGCACCCCUCGAAGACUUGCACCAAGUGGGGUGUCUUCUGCUUUGGUCCUUACACCUACCCCCACCAAGUACACCACCUAUGGAAGCGGCUGUUCCCUCAACCUGCUACUUCCAGCUCCUAAGGGCCCUGCACGUUGCCUCCUGCCACCCAAGCUCUGCCAAAGCUGUUUCCAAUAAAAAUAGUUUGAGUUAGAGGCAAAUUCCGACCUUCUCAGUUUAGCCACUGAGACCUGAUGUUGCAAUGCAUCAAUUCUUUCCAGUCCCAAAAACAUGGCACAUAGACAGCCUUGCUUUAGGCCAGAUAAGAUAAAAGGUCAUCUAGUAUGACCCUUGACUUCUUAUUCAAACAACAGUUUUGUCAAGGAGAGCAUCCCAUAAGGCCUAAUGUGCUCCUGGUUGUACUUUUUCAUCAGUGGUUUGACUCCAUUGUUUUCCCCAAAUUACCUUAAUCUGUGGGAAAUGCAACAAAGCAAAACAUCCCAUAUAAAGACAGAAAAGAGGAGCUGCUUUGCUUUGGCUCCAAGUUUAGCAGAUGGUAAAUAUCUUCUGAAGCUUCUCCUUAAAGGAUGCUAUCAUGGAAUGGCUUUCCCCAUUUCUGACCAGUUAACAGUCUCCUAGACCUCAAGUCAAAGUUGGAUGUACCAAACCACAUAGUAUACCAAUAGGGGGUGCUACCUGCACGUUUUCUUUUCUAUGUAUGCUCCAAACAUGCCAUCCAGGGUAUAGACCAUAUGCAAUAUGAAAAUACGGUGGUGGAAUUUUACAAUAUACUCCUGCUCUCACCCUAAUAACCCUGCUGAAAUCCUUGGUCUCAAGGACUACCUGGUUCCCUUGUGACUUGGGAACUUUGUGAAACGCUCAUCCUGAAUUCCUAUAGGAAGGCUUGUGCCAACCAGGAAAUUAGUAUGUUGCCCUCGUGGCCUCUCAUCAUAUUUUUGGGUGAAGGGAGGCUCUGAAGAGUUUCACAGAGCACUAAGGGAACCUGAGCUCUGCGCUCAGCAUCUGAAUGGUCUAAGGAGUGUAGUUAUCCCGGCCCUAGGUUUGCCACAUGGGAUGCAGACCAUAAGCAUUCCUGAGUUGUUUGAAGUUACCAUCCCCUCAUCACAGGUAGGAAGUGAGCAGGUAGAUUCAAGGUGUAUAACCACACGCUUGGGUAGAAGAGGCAUGGCCUGGCUGUCCCAGGAAAUCCAGAGACAGAGCUGGGGCCUAACUGAGCAGAGGCCCGAACCAGCAACUUGUGGGCAGAGCACAGCAUCUCUUGUGACAGAAACACCCCUUUUCAGAGGCCUUGGGGACCAGCCUUCUGGGUGACAAGUGGGGCAACCAGUAAAAGAAGGUGGCAUGUCUUUCCCCCUUGUGUUGGGGUCAAACUACCUCUCUGCCCACCUGGAGAUGAGUGGUGUUCAUUGGGAAGCAAAACCAUGAGGCUAAGCUGGCUUGGAACCCCCUUGUUCCUGGCACUUCCUCCAGAACUCUGCGGAGCACUCGUGCAGGACACAGCUGGCAGGAACAUGGCAUGUGAGAAGAAAACCUUUUGCAGUCAAGGCCUAGAGCAUUGCUCUGUAGAGAGAGCAAGGCCCCUUUCCUCCAUUGUGCCCAUUUGGUCUCUCUCUUCCAUCAUGCACCUAGGGCAAACUGGGCACUUAUUGGGUGACACUUGUAAGCAAUGAAAGGAUGAGACCAGAUGGGCAAGGCAAAGUGGUGAGAACAAGGAGAAAAGGGGUGCCCGGAGAGAGAGAAAAGGCCUUUUAUGUGCUUACUCCAUGGCCCAGAGCAGAUAGAUCCACUUUCACCUGAAUCCUGCCCUAGAGCAAAUAGCAUGCAGUUGAUGUAUCAGGCUGAUUAUACAUUUGUAGGCCCUGUACACCAUAUUGACAGGUGCCACUUAUGCGUCUCAGAUUCAGUGCCAUCAUAGCUGCCAAUUAGGGAAAAUGACCAAUGCCUGGGAUAGUCCACAGAUGGGCCAAAACAACCCACAAGCAGGUCCUAAAUUUCACCCUAUGUCCCCCCCACCCCACCUCUAACAAUACUUCCCCACCCUCCUAAGGCUACAAGACUUCUGAGAAGGAAUGGGGGGGUUCUGCAGCCCAACUUUUGAUGCUUCCUGGCCAUCAGUUUCUUUCAGCACCCCCCACCCCCAAUCCCAAGAGAUGGGGUUGCUCUGUUUGGGCCGGCCAGUCAACAGUAAUGGCCAAGAGUGAGUGAAGGCUGCAGUGAGAGAUAUGGAAAGUGUGAUGCAGGCUUGGGGAGGUCAGCAGAAAUGACAAAAAGCAAGGAAAGAUUCUUUUGUCCUAGAAAGGGACGGAAGCUUCAGACUGAAGAUGAGAGGACACCACUUAUGGUUGUGGAAGGAGGCAGGUUCAAUGAGGGUGGGCAAAAACGGGGCUGAAGGAGGGUGAGAGUGGGAGUGGUCACUCUCCGUUCCCUUUCAAGUGUCACGCAUGCCCUAACAAGUGAAGAAGGCAGACUUCCUUUCACAGACACCCAAAGUCUGGGUACCCAUGUGGAUGUGGGUCCUCCGUCCCCUAGCUUCCCUAUUUCAGCACUUCUCCAUCAGCUGCCACCCUCUCCUCCCGGGGACCCUGAAAUCAAAUGUUCACCCUUCCACCAGCUAAAACCAUGGGGGACUUGUAAUGUCAUUGUCACACUGAAUGGCCCGUUUGUGGGAAGCCAGCUCCCGUGUGCCAGGACCUUACAAAGGGAAAGGGAACCAACUGCAAGAAGAGUGCCCCUGAUACUGAAGUCUGCCUUCUGACCUGCUCUGCGGGGGAAGAGACAGCUGCGGGAUUCAAUCUUGCUCCACGCCUUAGGCUCUCGUUACUGUCAGUCCGUCCCUGAAGGGAGGGACAGGAAGAGCCGGAUUUGUUUUCUCUCCAUCUUCAGGCCUUAUUUCAGCAUGCAGCCGUACCCCAGGGCAAGGUGCGCCAUGACGGUACAGACUCAACAGAGUCAGAUGAGCCCAAAUGGAGCAGAGACGUUCCUGUGCCUCGGGCAUCUGUUCGGCACUAGUCUUGACCAUCAAAUUUUUUAAAAAGAGAAUAAGCUCAUGAGGCAUUUGCAACUUCUACUUCUCUCUAGACUUUAGUUUUUUGUUGUGUCACUGAAAUGUGUUCCGGGACAAAGCCAUAAGCAGAGCAUACACACUUAAGACUAUGCUGUACAUAUAAGAUGACAACUCGUCUGGGUGAAAGCACGACCUUAUGCCCAAGCAAUUGUUCUGGUGCUGAAUAACGCAAACUACUGGAAUCAGCCCUCAUCCCUGCCCCCACCCUCCCAGCUCCAAACCCACUCCUGCUCCCAAACGGAACACAGCAUUCCCAACCUGUUUAUAAAUAAAAGAUGCAGAAUUGCA